AUGCCUUCGCGGGACCGGGCGCCCGCCGUCCAGGGGCGCGGCACGCAGGCGGCCGCUGUCGCCGACGCCCGGGCCAGCCUGCGCAGGACGCGGGCCAGGAUGGCCUCUCUCACGGCAUACGACAAAGAUAUAAGCAGUGGGAGUUAUAACCUUUCCUCUGCAACGACCGGCAGCUACUACAGUUGUGUCAGCCAGGUCACCAUAGGUUACGAUGCUGCAGGACCUGUUGCAAUUGGGCUCACCCACUGGAAAAAUCCCUACGCACAAGGCAGACCCACCCUACCAUCAGAUCUGCCUCUCUUCAUCUCCAAAGAUGCAGGCGUCCCAGUGUAUCACCAAUCCCUCACUCGUAAGACUGAGCUGGCCACGCCUCUGUCUUGCCCAGCCUCACUGUCCAUCACUCCAGUGCCUUCUUACAGCAGCAGCAGCCAGGAAACCCUGAGCCAGGACACAACAGGUUUAAGUUUAUCUAUUCAUGGGGCUGAAAAGCGUUUGCAAAUCCACCAACGGCGAAGUGUGGCAAGCCGCCCAGGGUCACGUCGCCUGCCCGUGGUCAGGCAUUCCUCACUUCCACCAGGCAGAAGGUCAGUAAAAAUGGAGACGAGCUCUUCUGGAAUCACUAAUGGGAGAACCAAAGUCUUCCACCCAGAAGGAGGUGUGGAUUUGCAAAGCUACCAGCUGGAUAUGCAAAUACUACCUGACGGGCCAAGGAGUGAUGUGGACUUUUCAGAGAUUCUUAAUGCAAUACAAGAAAUGGCCAAGGAUGUCAAUAUUCUUUUUGAUGAAUUAGAAGCUGUCAACAGUCCUUGCAAAGAUGACGACUCUCUCCUUCACCCUGGAAAUCUUACCAGUACUUCAGAUGAUGCUAGCAGGUUGGAAGCCGGGGGAGAGACAAUACCAGAAAAAAACAAAUUAAAUGGCCUUUACUUCAGAGACGGAAAAUGUCGAAUUGACUACAUUCUUGUGUACAGAAAAUCCAACCCCCAGAUGGAAAAGAGAGAAGUAUUUGAAAGAAAUAUUAGAGCAGAAGGAUUACAAAUGGAGAAAGAGUCCUCUCUAAUAAAUAGUGACAUUAUCUUUGUGAAGUUGCAUGCCCCAUGGGAAGUGCUUGGAAGAUAUGCAGAACAAAUGAAUGUAAGAAUGCCUUUCAGGAGAAAAAUCUAUUACCUGCCCCGCCGGUACAAGUUCAUGAGCAGGAUCGAUAAACAAAUAAGCAGGUUUCGGAGAUGGUUACCUAAGAAGCCAAUGAGGCUGGACAAGGAGACACUGCCAGACCUGGAGGAGAAUGACUGCUACACUGCCCCUUUCAGCCAGCAAAGGAUCCAUCACUUCAUCAUACACAACAAAGACACUUUCUUCAACAAUGCCACAAGAAGUAGAAUUGUACAUCAUAUUUUACAAAGAAUAAAGUAUGAAGAAGGAAAAAACAAAAUUGGUCUGAAUCGUUUGCUUACUAAUGGCUCCUAUGAAGCUGCAUUUCCUCUGCACGAGGGAAGUUACAGAAGUAAAAACUCCAUUAGAACCCAUGGAGCGGUAAACCACCGACAUCUGCUCUAUGAGUGCUGGGCGUCCUGGGGUGUGUGGUAUAAAUACCAGCCUUUGGAUCUUGUAAGGCGGUACUUUGGAGAGAAGAUUGGGUUGUAUUUUGCCUGGUUGGGCUGGUACACCGGCAUGCUCUUCCCAGCUGCCUUCAUUGGACUGUUUGUCUUUUUGUAUGGCGUCAUCACUCUGGAUCACUGCCAAGUCAGUAAAGAAGUCUGCCAAGCUACAGAUAUCAUCAUGUGUCCUGUGUGUGAUAAAUACUGUCCAUUCAUGAGGCUGUCAGACAGCUGCGUUUAUGCCAAGGUAACCCACCUUUUUGACAAUGGAGCCACUGUCUUCUUUGCUGUCUUCAUGGCAGUCUGGGCAACAGUUUUCCUGGAGUUUUGGAAAAGACGGAGAGCAGUAAUUGCUUAUGACUGGGAUUUGAUAGACUGGGAAGAAGAGGAGGAAGAAAUACGGCCCCAGUUUGAAGCCAAGUAUUCCAAGAAAGAGCGGAUGAAUCCCAUUUCUGGCAAGCCAGAACCAUAUCAAGCAUUUGCAGAUAAAUGCAGCCGACUUAUUGUUUCUGCAUCUGGAAUAUUUUUUAUGAUCUGCGUGGUGAUCGCCGCAGUGUUCGGGAUUGUCAUUUACAGGGUGGUGACCGUCAGCACUUUUGCAGCCUUUAAGUGGGCGUUAAUCAGGAAUAAUUCUCAGGUUGCAACCACAGGAACUGCUGUGUGCAUCAAUUUCUGCAUCAUUAUGCUGCUGAAUGUGCUCUAUGAAAAGGUUGCUCUUCUUCUGACAAAUUUAGAACAGCCUCGCACAGAGUCCGAGUGGGAGAACAGCUUCACCCUGAAAAUGUUUCUUUUUCAGUUUGUCAAUCUGAACAGCUCCACGUUUUACAUCGCGUUCUUCCUCGGAAGAUUCACAGGACACCCAGGUGCCUACUUGAGGCUGAUAAACAGGUGGAGACUAGAAGAGUGCCACCCUAGUGGAUGCCUUAUUGAUCUCUGUAUGCAAAUGGGUAUUAUAAUGGUGCUAAAGCAGACCUGGAAUAAUUUCAUGGAACUUGGCUACCCGUUAAUUCAGAAUUGGUGGACUAGAAGAAAAGUACGACAAGAACAUGGGCCUGAAAGGAAAAUAAGUUUCCCACAAUGGGAAAAGGACUACAACCUUCAGCCGAUGAAUGCCUAUGGACUCUUUGAUGAAUACUUAGAAAUGAUUCUUCAGUUUGGAUUUACAACUAUCUUCGUGGCAGCUUUUCCCCUAGCACCACUUCUGGCCUUACUGAAUAAUAUAAUUGAAAUUCGACUUGACGCUUAUAAAUUUGUCACACAGUGGAGGCGACCUUUAGCUUCAAGGGCCAAAGAUAUAGGAAUUUGGUAUGGGAUUCUUGAAGGCAUUGGAAUUCUCUCCGUUAUUACAAAUGCAUUUGUGAUAGCGAUCACAUCUGACUUUAUCCCUCGCUUGGUGUAUGCUUAUAAGUAUGGACCUUGUGCGGGCCAAGGAGAAGCUGGGCAAAAGUGCAUGGUUGGCUACGUGAAUGCCAGCUUGUCUGUAUUCCGAAUUUCUGACUUUGAGAACAGGUCUGAACCUGAGUCUGAUGGCAGUGAGUUCUCGGGGACUCCUCUCAAGUACUGUAGAUACCGAGACUACCGUGACCCUCCUCAUUCACUGGUGCCCUACGGCUACACACUACAGUUCUGGCACGUCCUAGCAGCCCGACUGGCUUUUAUCAUUGUGUUUGAGCACCUCGUGUUUUGUAUAAAGCACCUCAUUUCAUAUCUGAUCCCAGACCUCCCAAAAGAUCUAAGGGAUCGAAUGAGAAGAGAGAAGUACUUGAUUCAGGAGAUGAUGUAUGAAGCAGAACUGGAGCGUCUCCAGAAGGAACGAAAGGAGAGGAAGAAAAAUGGAAAAGCACACCACAAUGAGUGGCCGUGA